AUGCAAUGUUGUGGCAGAGUGGCAGUCCUGCAUCCUUUGGUCGCGGUUACACACGGCUGGCAGUUCAAGGAGACACUCCAGAGAUCUCCAGAGCGAAGUGGCUGGAAACAUGAGGGACAAUCUAUGUGGAAUUCCGGAAGGGUGGUGCUUCUGCUGGGCAGUUUCAUUUGGCGGAGGUGUCACACUUCCCGCCGGACGUCAUGUAGAUCAGCGCCUCCUGUGGCCUUUGUAGGCGGCGUUCCACCUGAAAUGGAGUCAGAAGAGGUGCAAAAGCACUUGCAACAGUAUGGCUCUUGCAGAGUCGUAAAACGCUGCAGAGGCUAUCUCUAUGUGCGAUUUCAGGAAGCCCAGGACUUAGUGGCGGCGGUAGGUGCAAAGCACCUGGUGGGUGGCCGCGAUCUCACGGUGGAAGUGGCCAAGGCAAAGAAAAAGCAAUGGUACUGUGAGAUCGAUCCGGACUAUCCACCACGAAUACGGCGAUUGAUGGAUGGUGUGGUCCACAUUCAGAAUAUGUUGUCGAUGGCCAUGCAGAUCAACAUAGCAAAGCAAGUAAUAUCCUUGAGCAGUGCACGUGCUGGUUUCUACACUCCACGAUUUGAAGAUCGAGCAAUGAGGCUCCGGAUGUUUUGCCUCGGACGUCAUUGGGACACACAAACUCAUUCCUACAGCGAUGUUCGAUCAGAUUGUGAUGGCCGGCCAGUUUUGGCGAUGCCAUCGAAUCUCAAAGAACUCGUCGAGGGCAUCUUGUCAGAUCUGAAGCAGAAAUGUCAACCGAUGGCGCACAAGGCGCACUUUCCACCGAUGGAACCGGAUACCUGCAUAGUCAACUGGUAUUCGACCUCGGGGUCGCUAGGGGUUCAUCAAGACUUGGAUGAAAGUGAGCAGAGCAUUGCCGCCGGAAUUCCAGUGAUCUCAAUAUCCUUGGGAUCUUCGGCGCGCUUUCUUUACCAUCCGGACCAUCCGGACAUCCCAAAGGAUUCCGAUGGCUGUGAUGGCUGUGAUGCCAUUUCACCUCGUAGCGCCUUGCUGCGCUCGGGUGAUAUCUUCAUCUUUGGCCAAGAGGCGCGACGUUUGAGGCAUGGCAUCGCCAAAGUUUUCCCCAGGACCUGCCCGAAGAAGUUGGUGGAGGUCAUAGAGACAGAUGGAGAGGGUGAAGCCGGACGUUUAAAUCUGACCUUUCGGCAGACUCGGUAAGAUAUUGGCUGGAUGAAGGACUGGGGAUAGUAGGGAAAGCACCUGCAAGGCCUGCAAGGCCUGCAAGGUUGAAGGUGGCGACUUUUUAAUCACCGAAAGCAGUCAACGGGCAGUGCACGGCCGGAGUGCUGGUUUUUGAGGGCAUGAAAGAGUGAGACCGACAGUUCCCUCCAGGUAGCAAAGCUUCUUUCCCGCGCAUUAAAAGGAAGCUGCUCAGACAGGAAAUUGCUGAACUUAGGCUGCACAAUUUUUUUCAUUCCCAACCUAUAUGAUACUUGAGCAUACUUGAGCGAUGAAAGGCUCACAACGACAGUACUGCCGCACAUUGACAAGAGCCACCAUCGGACAAUUGCUAUUGCAGCAUUUGCCAUUUCUCGAUGUUGCCUGCUCUUAACUUGACAGAAAGCACCCUUUGCGAGAGAAGAUCCAGCUUCAGCAUGCGGAGAAAGUUGCAUGACAAUAGCAGCUGGAGCUGAGAAUAUGAGGUGAUGUGAUUGUGGUGAAGUGCCACGCACAGUUGCCUGCAGACCGGAACUCAACAGUCAAACACGGUGCCGGUCCACUGUUUGCAAUACUUUCGAGAUACAUACUGUAUGGCCUUCAGCGUUUGCUCAGCGGUGGUAUGGAAGAUCCGAAACUGCAUCUGAGUCUGGACGCGCGUGAGAUGGGCACAACACUGGGUGCCUGGCAGCUUGCCCACAAGAAAA